UUGUCAUCACGCUACUCGUGUGUGGUGCCGGACGCACGCCACACCGCGCCCGGGUGCUGCUGGGCCGGACGGGCCGGACGGCAGCCACCGCGGCCGCGGGGCCUCCACUGCCAUGACGGGCGGGAACCUGCUCUGCUUCGUGCUCGUCAUCACCAACGUCUGCUACAGGGCGGCCCUGGCCGCCUUCGCGGUGAUUGUCGUCGUGGUCGAAACGGGACCUUACUGGCUGAGAAUACGGCAGUUUCAAAACUGUCCGAAGCAAGAGGUGGCCAUGGAGAAGCCCCGGUGCGACAUGCAUCCCAGCUCAGUGUUCCGAUACAACCACACCAUUAAGAGCCCAGUCAUAGAUCUCAACAUGACGCUGUCGAACCGAGUCUUCGACCGCGGGGCGUCAACAAUGACUCUUGACGUAUCCCGGUGGGACACGGUGUCCGGCUGGAGAACCCACUUUUUGGUGAUGAGCCUUGGUGAGCUGUGCUUCAUCUACGAGGACGUGGUGGCCGACAUCGUCAAGUACCUCGCCGAGAUCGCUGGAAUACCCACAAAGUGUCCCAUCGCCGACGGAACUUACAGAGGUGUCAAUUGUGUGGUUCAGCUGCCCCCGUUGCGGCACUUCCCCUCGCUGCCCUACGGGCGCUACAAGGUCUACAUCUUGGUAGGGUACUUCAAGUCGUCCAACCCGAAGGAGCUCAGGUCGUGCCUCAAGGCGAUAGCCGACGUCGUUCCCAGAACUUGAUAUUCAAAACGCGGAGGAAGUGUUAAAACGAAUUACAGAAAAAAAGAAAAAAAAGGACUU